CUGAGUCGCGGGAAACAGAUUCCAAAAGGCGGUUACUUCAUUUUUUUUUUUUUGGGGCCUGGGUAUCGGACGCAAUGGCUGCUCCGCUCAUGGAAGGCGCCGCGGUGACGGCCCUGCGCUCCGUCCUCCAGCGGGUGCAGCGCGCCGCGGAGAGGUCUGGGCGGCGGGCGGAACAGGUCCGGGUGGUGGCUGUCGGCAAGACCAAGCCCACCUCCCUCAUCCGCCACGUCUACGACGCUGGCCACCGCUGCUUCGGAGAGAACUACGUCCAGGAAUUCAUCGAGAAGGCCCCUCAGUUGCAGCUUCCAGCAGAUAUUGAAUGGCAUUUUAUUGGACGUCUCCAGAGCAACAAAGUCAAAUCCCUCCUAGCUGCUGUCCCCAAUCUGGACAUGGUCGAGGGUGUAGACAGUGAGAAGAUUGCUAAUCUUCUUGAUCAAAUGGUUGCUAAGCUGGAAAGGAAGCCUCUGAAGGUUUUGGUCCAAGUAAAUACUAGUGGGGAAGAGUCAAAAUCUGGUGUGGAUCCCUUGGGUUGUGUAGAACUAGCCAAGCAUGUCAAGCUGAGUUGCCCAAACCUUGUUUUCUCUGGCCUUAUGACAAUUGGAAUGCCAGAUUACUCCUCAACUCCAGAAAAUUUUAAGACAUUGUUGAAUUGUAGGACCUACGUGUGCAAUGCACUUGGGAUAUCAGACGAGCACUGUGAGCUGUCUAUGGGCAUGUCUGGUGACUUUGAACAAGCGAUCGAAAUGGGCAGUACCAAUGUAAGAAUUGGAUCAACUAUAUUUGGACCAAGGGAGUAUCCAAAGAAGAAACAGAACCAGUGAUAUAUGUUUCUUGCAGGCUUCCUGAUUUCUGAUAAUACAUAACAAGGUCUGGUACACGUGGCUCUUCUGGUUAACUACAGGGAGGUUACAUUCUGCAGAACUUGCCUUAUAUUGUAUAUUCUGCUCCUUGGUUGUAUGCAGUUUACUUUUAGACUUUAUGGCUUAUGGAGCAUUAAGCAUGACUUCAUAAGUGUAGAAAAACUACCAGGUACCCAAAGCGAGACCCUUUCUAAGUGACAGCAAGUUAUUUAUCACAAUUUAAGGACUCCAAUUUUUCUGAUGAAAGAAACAAGGCAAGUUUUUUC